GUGAUAUGUUAAGGUCACACAGCUAGAAAGGGACAGAGCCAGGAUCAUAUGCAAAUCGUUCUGACCCUACACUUUCUCCCAGUGGCUGUGGCCUACAUCCUUUUGGGCAAAAGCAGAAAGAAAUACCCAUGAGCAGGGGUCUCCCCCACUCCUGGGAGGUGGCAGAGAUGGGACACUCAUCUGACUUCCUCUCUUUUCCCCAGGGUGGCCCGGAAGGUGUGCAGGGACACUUAGCUCUCUCUCUUUCUCUCAUGACUUUGAGAUUCAGGCUCAGCAGUCUUCCAUGGCUCCUUAUCACAUCCGCAAAUACCGGGAGAACGACCGCACACGGGUCCUGGAUGUGUUCUCCCAGGGAAUGAAUGAGCACAUCCCCACCACCUUCUGCCACAUCCUGAAGCUGCCCCGAACCCUGGUGCUCUUGCUUGGGGUGCCCCUCACCCUUUUCCUGUUCUCUGGCUCCUGGGUCCUGGCCCUUGUAGCCAGCCUCGUCCUCCUUGCUGCCCUGAGAUUCCUCUCCAGAUACCCCUGGACCAAGUUUAUAGCCAUGUCUUUGCGCACAGAUAUGUCUGACAUCACCAAGACCUACUUGGGUAAACCUGGCUCCUGCUUCUGGGUGGUUGAAGCUGAGGGGCAGGUGGUGGGCAUUAUGGGCGUUCUGCCUGCCACCCUGCAGAAGGAGAAGUUGCAGCUGCUUCACCUGUGUGUGGCCCCAGAGCACCGAGGCCAGGGGAUAGCGAAGGCCCUGGUCAGGACUGCCCUCCAGUUCGCACGGGACCAGGGGUACAGCCAAGUCAUCCUCAUCACCUCCCUGGUGCAGCACUCGGCCUGGGCCCUCUACCAGCACAUGGGCUUCCAGAAAACGCACCAAUUCUUCUCCUCCAUGAUCUGGAGGCUAGUCGCUAUUCCUACAGUUGGCUUUGUCUACCACCUCCCUCCCCUCUGCUGGGGCCUCUGAGGCACAGGGUCUGGGAGGGGGCCUGUGAUCUGGUUCCUUGUGGCUCAGCCCAGAGAGGGCCAGCUCUGCUGAGGUAGCAAGCAAACCCCAGAGUCUCAAUGUGACAGCACAGUGAAAACUUACUGCUCGGUCAUGUGGGAACCCAGUGGAGUUGGCGGUGGGUGGUCCCCUCAUUCAGUCUUUUGGGGUUGCUGCUGUUUCAUUUACCUAGUGCCAUGAGAUGUUGCAUUAAAACAAACUAAUGAAAUAAACUAACGCCAACGCAUAUUUCUUUAGUUCAUGCG